AUGGUCGCCAUUAAGCGAACUCUUGCUGCUCUUCCCUUCCUGCUGGCCGUCGCCAGCAAGGUUGCGGGUCAGCAGUUCACCGACGGCGAUGACCUUGCCGUCCGCGCCGAUUUCGCCGACAAUCACGCCCUGCUCGAGACCCGCGAUGAGGAUAUCAUACUUGUGGAGCGCGGCAGUGGCAAGUCUAAGAUUGACAAGUCUAAGAUUGGCAAGCCUACCAAUACCAAGGGUACUCAUCCCGUUACCAUUCCCGACAAGGACCUCAAGUCUGGUCAAUCUAAGUCUGGUCGACCUGUCUCUUCUUCUAGCGGAUAUAUCCCUAUUGCUCUAGAUCCCAAGCUUAGAAAGGGGAAACGCAGUAUCUACCGACGAGGCAACGGCAAGUCUAAGAUUGACAAGUCUAAGAUUGCCAAGCCUACUAAUGCCAAGGGUACUCAUCCUGUUACCAUUCCUGACAAGGACCUCAAGUCUGGUCAAUCUAAGUCUGGUCGACCUGUCUCUUCUUCUAGUGGAUAUAUCCCCAUUGCUCUGGAUCCCAAGCUUAGAAAGGGGAAACGCAGUAUCUACCGACGAGGCAACGGCAAGUCUAAGAUUGACAAGUCCAAGAUUGGCAAGCCUACCAACCCCAAGGGCACUCACCCCAUCACUAUGUCUGAUAAGGAUCUGAAGUCUUCUAAGAAGCGUCCCGUUUCUACCACCUCCAGCAACGGUGACCCCUUCUACCUUGAGAAGUACAUCAAGAAGGGCAAGCGCGACUUCGACUUCGACUACUACCUCGCUUGA